AUGCUCCAACGCAUUAAGCAACAAGGCUUGGAUAUUGUUCCUCGCAUUCUCAUUGUAAGUCCUGUCGCAUGUUUAGAAAUCUGUCUACAAUUGAUUCUAAAGCCAAAAUUUAAUUCUGAGGAGAAGCUUGCUUUGUCUAUAAUGUAUGUAUAUUUCUCUAAUUGGUGCCUUUGGAUGCUGUUAAAUGCAGAGCAUUGCCACAUUCUUCGCGUUCCCUUAAGAAAUGAGAAGGGAACUAUCCGCAAAUGGAUCUCAAGAUUCGAAGUCUGGCCCUACCUAGAAACUUACACCGAGGAUGCUGCUCAUGAGCUUGCCAAAGAGUUGCAAGGGAAGCCUGAUCUGAUCGUUGGAAUUAUGUGA